AAAUACUGCGUAGUAUUAGGAUGUAUACCAAAAAUUAUUGGUGUGGCAAUUUAUAUAUUUGCCACCGAAGUAUGGAUGCUGAUAGUGGCUAGAUUACUAUUUGGUUUAUCUGACUCAUUUAUACUAACGAGUGUGUCAGUUUAUACAUCUGAAAUUGCAACUAAAAACACCCGUGGAGCAUCUUGUACGUUAGUUCAAAUAUUUUCCAGUCUUGGUAUUGUCUUGACUUUGUCGGCUGGUCCGUUUUUAUCAUACAAGGUUUUUAAUAUGAUGUUCGCAGUUAUAAUUGUAGUAACAGGAAUUCCUAUUUUAUUGUUACCAGAAAGUCCUUAUUUUUUGUACAAUAAAGGACAAGAAAAAGAUGCAAUAAAUGUUCUGAAAUUCCUCCAUGGAUCAGAGCAACUGGCUAUGCAAGAAAUCGAAGAGUAUACACUAUCAUCGAAGCAGGAGAAAGUUAACAAAAUCCUUAUACUUAAGAAUCCGACAGUUCGUAAAAGCUUAGUAAUCUCGGUGAUAUUUUCAAUCGGUUGUCAAAUGGUCGGUUACAAUGCUGUGUCGUAUUAUUUACAAACAAUAUUAAUAUCUACACAUACGUCCAUAAUGCCAGAAAUAGCAUCAGUUAUUAUAGGUGUUAUCCAGUUUGUUUCAAGUUUCCUGACAAUGUUCACGACGGAUAGAUUUGGUAGAAAGAUCAUAUUGAUAACUUCUCUCAUUGGAAUGACCAUUGGAUUGGUAAGGGCUUGGUAA